AUGGAAUUGUAUUUUAAUACAGGUUUUGGUUUAUUUGUCUAUUAUAGGCAGCAGAUGCCCCCUACUAUAGAAGGUCAGAUUACUAUGGAGAAGUCACCUAGUUACUUUGUUACUCAUGAUGUUCCCAGACGUAUGCACAACAUGUCAAAGGAUACCAAACUGUUAGUAGUGGUACGCGACCCAAUUACCAGGGCAAUAUCAGACUAUACACAGACAGCUAGUAAAAGAAAAAUCAAAAGUUUUGAAAAACUGGCUUUUGUGAAUAAUUCUGGCGUGGUGGAUACCUCCUGGGGUGCAAUACGUAUAGGCGUUUACGCCAAACACUUUGAGAAAUGGCUCAAGUAUUUCCCGUUGUCCUCAUUCUUAUUUGUGAGUGGGGAAGAACUCAUCCGCAACCCACUUGGAGAAUUGACAAAAGUGCAACAGUUCCUUGGAUUGAAGGAGGUCAUUCAAGAGGACCAUUUCUACUUUAAUCAAACCAAGGGUUUUCCUUGCUUGAUCAGAGGAGUGAACAAUGACAACCCUCACUGUUUGGGCAAGACGAAAGGACGGGCGCAUCCAGAUGUAGAUCCUGUGGUGGUGAAUCGGCUGAGGGAAUUCUAUCGUCCAUUUAAUGCCAAAUUUUACCAUAUGGUUGGAACCAACUUUCACUGGGAUGAUGGUCAGUACUACAAAAGGUGAGACCACGCACUGUGUUGCCAUGGAGACUAUACACUGUGGAACUCCGGGAUAUUUACUGCCAAAUAUUAUAGAACAUGUACAUAUUUAUUAUGAGGUUUUGCACGGAGUUUACACUAAAGAUGCAAACUUUAUAACGAACAUCUCACAUGUCAGUGACAUUUAUUAAAGAAAAAACUUUAUUUACGGGUGGAGAUAUUUACUUUUUUUUUUGCUGUUAACUAAUUUUAAAAAUGCUGUUUCUUUGCUUUAAAAACUCAUCAGUUGUUAUUACACAAAAUUGCCAUGUUCUAUGUGUAUGCCAAAAAUGCAUUCUUACCAAGAGCUCAUGGAGAGUUUUUACUCAAUAUCUGUCCACAUAAUAUGAUUUAUCAAAUCCACCAAAACAAUUCAAUACAUGACUGUACAUAAAUGCAGGUUUUUGUCCUUUAGAAAAUUUGGCAUUUUUCAUGAAAAUCAAAUUUCAUAAUGAUAUGUUUAACCAUUAUAAGGAUGGAAUUAAGGGAAAGGUUCUUCAAAUGAUGAGAUUUAACUCAACAAAAAUGGUGAUGUCUUUGAGUAAAUCACUCGCAAAUGAGGCUUAGGGGGAGCACUGAAUACAUGAAUAGUCUGACAUGAUAUCUGUUGCCAUGGUGACAACUUUACUGAGGAGACUUUUAAUGGAGACAUUACAGUAUUUGUACAUAUCUUUGCAUACUAUUUUAAGUGUUCUGUACUAGGAUUGUUAUUUUGAAAUGCUUUGGGGGUAUCUUAAACUUUAUUAUUUCUAGCUCAUACCUCACUGAAAUAUCAUCAUAAGGGUCAACAAAAGGUCAUUUAUCUGAUCUACCAGGGAAGAAGGGGGGUCAUAUCAGAAUUGAGUUCAAAGGGAUAGUUUUCAUUACUGGAAUGUACUCAGUUCUGAUCUGAUAAUAUAUGACAAACAAUUAUAUGCAUGGUGGUAUUGAAAACUAAACCCUCCUCUCAUCCGACGCCGCCACCACCACCACCACCCUCCAACUAAUCCUUGAUCUGGCCAACUUUCCCAUCAUUUUAAGUGUAAUUUUAAUCAUCCUAGAAGAUGAAUGUGAAGCGUUUUAAUUUCGUAAUUCCAAUUUACGCACAUUUUGUGAGUAAUGAAAACAAAAUUGUCCUCAACGAAUGCCUUUGAAUCAUUCAAACUGGUGAAAAUGGAAUAGUUUUAAUACCAUACACUUUGAUUACCAAGGUUACCUGUAGUCAUAGUUAGGAUUAUUCCUGUUGCUACAGUGACAGCUAUGCAGUACAUAAAUGUCAAUAAUGUAUGUAUCAACUACAAGUACCUAUCAUCUUGAUGGUCCUACAAGUAUCAGUUCUUUGAGUCAUGUACUCGGAAUAACAAUAGCAUAAUAGUAAUUUAUAAAAUACUUUCACAGUUUAUAAUUGACCCAAAAUGUUGCCCAUGAGAAAUGUAUAUACACAUAUCUUUUUUAUUAAUAUUAAAAUUGCAGAGUUUAAACGACAAUUGUUCCC